AGGUCCAUAUUGUAGCGUCACCGUGAACAUUGAAAAAUCAGAUAUGAAAAACUAUCCUAAAAAGAAACUGGACAAGUCUAGCCCCGCUUACAUAAGACAAAGGCAAAUAGCAAAUGCAAGAAAACGCGUAUAUUUGGACAAGCUUACUCCAGAACAGAGGGAAAUAAAGAAAGCGAAAGAUAGAGAAUAUUACUACAAGAAGAAGAAUACUAUGCAACGGAGAUCUAUUUAUGAUUUACCAGAAGACAAACAGCUUAAACUUCGAGCUCAGUGGAAUAGAAAUACAAAAAAAUAUAGACAAAAAUGUAUCAUUGAACAAAAUUUUGACACAGACACCACUGAUUAAGAUAACUCUGAAGUUUA